ACACGCGGCGGCGGGAGCGCGCAGGGUCCCAGGAGCAGUGGCUCCUCGUCUAAAUAACCCCUCCCUGUGCGUAAGAGUGAGUGGCGACGCUGCCUUAUUUUAAGCUGAUAUGGGAUCCGCGAGGAAUUAUCCCAUAGUAUUGAAAAAGAUCAUCGAUGAUGGAGGAUAUCUGCCAGGACAGGUGUUUAAUGUGGAGGAAACAAGUCUGUAUUGGAAACGCCUGCCCGAUAGGACCUUUAUUUCACAAGGUGAGAAGACUGCAGGGAGCUUGAAUGCUUCCAAAGACCGGUUGACGCUACUGAUGGGAGGCAACGCCGCGGGGGAUUUCAAGUUGAAGCCCGUGUUGGUGUACGGGUGUGAGAGUCCCAGAGCUCUCAGUGGCUACGCCAAGCCCAGCCUCCCUGUGAUCUGGCGCUCCAACCGCAAAGCGUGGAUGACAAUGUCCAUCUUCCACGACUGGUUCAUUAACCACUUCUGCCCGGCGGUGGAGAGGUACUGUGCCCAGCGCAACAUCCCCAACAAGGCUUUGCUCAUUCUAAUGAACGGGCCCAGCCGCCCACUCAACCUGAACGACCUCUCCAGCACGGUGAGAGUUGAGUACCUGCCCAAGGAGACGGCCGCCUUGUACCAACCCAUGGAGCAGGGUGUGAUUGCCAACUUCAAGCGCUAUUACUUAAGGAGGACUCUCCAGCAGUUGGUGUGUGCGACUGAUGGGGAAAGUAAACCAACCGUGCGGGAGCUUUUGGACAAGUUUAACAUCAUGAGUGCGAUGGACAACAUAGCUGAGGCGUGGGUCGAGGUGGAAGCGUCCACAAUGAACGGCGCUUGGAAACACGUCUGGCCGGGUUGUACGAACAACACGAGCCUGCCGCCAGCGGAGACGGUGGAGAAGAUCACCAGGGAUAUUGUGGCGCUGGCCAACGAGGCCGGCUUUCACAGCGUGGUGGAGGGCGAUGUGAUCCAGCUGUUGGACUCAAACCAGGAGGACCUGUCCGAUGAAGACCUCGUGUGGCUGGAGCAAGAGCGAGCCUCGGAAGCGGUGGACGACACAGACUCGCCGCCCGCCCCACUUCAGCUCACCACCGACCACCUGUCCGACGCCUUGACCUACAUCGACCAGGUGGUGGACAUCCUCAGCGUCAACGACCCGAACCGGGAGCGCAGCCUGAAGGUCGGCCGCUUACUGCAGGACGCCGUCAGCUGCUACAAGAACUUGUACAAGGAGAAGAUACGCCGGCAGCAACAAACAACUCUCCGGGCUGUUCUCAUCUGCAAAACAGAGCCCCCCACUCCCUCUGUGUAACCUAACCCCACCACCACCGCCCCAUCACACACACUCCGACUAAUACCCCUCUAGUUUUGUGUGUACUAUUAUUGGUUGUGAGUAGCAUUAAAGUAUCUUUCCUAUAUUUAAUACACCUUUGGAAGCGUA